CAUUAAAACUCUUUGAGAUAAAAUCCGUCAGAGGUUGCCUUUAACAGUUUCAUGAUGUGUCACAGAAAAGGGAGCCUGCUCGCUUGUCAGGAAAUGUUGGCAAGCAGACAGGGGGGGCGUGAUUCACUGGAUUAAUAAGUGGAAAGAGGAGUGCCGGUCUGUACAGUGACAUAGUGAGCCACAGUAGCUCAGACGGAGUUGUACUUCUAAACUCAGUGUUAGAUAUUGCAGAAUUAUCUAGGGCUUUUUACAGCUGUUAGGCACAAAACAAAAGCAAGCCGUGGUAUAUGAAAGGGCCUUUGUGUUUGGACAAGCUGUAAGCUUAUUUACAAUGUGGAAGGGAGAACCUAACACAUUUUUCUGGCUGUGCAAGCAUCAUAAAACUGAGAGGAGCACGGGGUUCUCGAUGACAAGUGCAAAUAUUUGCUGCAAGAUUAAUGUAUCCUGUGAGAAUAGUGGCAAGAAUGGACUUCUGCGCAAUAAAGCAUGAGGCAGUGUUAACUUACCUGACCAGGAAAACCUUCUUAGAAACCUUUGCAUUUGGAAAUCUUUAAAGAAUCAUGAUUUUGCCAGCCAUGACUGGUACUUCAAAUCUCAGUGAAAUGUUCAACUGAAGCUUUUUCAACUGGUUCAAGCUUUUGGAAUUUCUGAAGACAGCUUUAUUUUUGUAGACCUCCUCCACUCCCUCCCCUUUUUACCAGCCUACUUGUCCACUGAAGGAGGCACAUUCAUGCAUUGCUUCUCCCACUGCAAAUCACUUUUCUAAGCUCAACAGAGCUCUGAAUUCAUCGUGUCAUGCUGCAUUCUUCAAGCUUGCUGCUCCGAUGAGAUCCUACAGUGUGUGGCUGAUCGUUAUGAGUGGGGAGUGCUGACCCUUAGCACAGACUUGUUCUUCUGAACACAGACAGUGUGGGCGGACCAUACAUCCUGAAGCAAUGGGAUAACAGUGAUAUACUGAGGAAGAUGAAUUCACAAUCGCUGGACACCUGUAUACAGAGCAUUCUCUCUGCUUUGUAUCCUCCGUUCAAUGCUACUGCUCCUACUGUGCUCAGUCAAAUCUUCAGGGUGAUCGACACCGUGUACAAAGGAGAUGGACUCUGCUGCUUGCUAGAUUUCCUGAUUCCAGCAAAGCGUAUCCUGGAGACUGUGCAGCAAGAUGCUUGUGCCGAAUAUUCAAGCCUCCUGUUCCGUCACGAAGGCUGGCCUUUGUGCCUCCACGAGAAGUUAGUGGUGCAGUUGUCAUCAUUCAACAUCUUUCUUCUGCGCCCAGGUGAUUUCUACCUCCAAAUUGUACCCGUUGGGAAGCAGUCUGCACGGAUUGUGUUGAAAUGCUUGGGCAGGGACUUCCGCAGCGUGGAAGAGAAGUUAAUACCAGAAGUAUCCUACACUAAUAUUUUUACCACAGAAUGGCUGGAAACAAUAAACAGUGAACGUUCAGGAACACCAUUGCAAACUUGCCUACUUGCCACUGAUAAUGGAGUUGUAAAAGAGCUUUGGUCUAAAAUAGUAAACCCUGAAUUUGUAAAUAAGACCAAAGCAGCACCAUCAUCUGGGCACGAAACAUCUUCUGUUCAGGAAACGGGAAACAACUGUGGUUCCGCUAGGAUGACUUUGCAGACAGGAAUGGAGAUGGCUCAUUCGGUUGGAUCUUCUGAGCUAGAUUCAGAUAAUAAAAUCAAAAAUCCUUUGACUAACUUGGGCCAAAAGGAAGGUGCAAAAUGUUUAAGUCACCUAUCCAUGAAAUCGGGAAUAAUCUCACCAAAUCAAUUUGAAAUCUCCAAUGAAAAUGUUGAAGGAGAUUAUGUGGAUUUAAUGAUGUUUUCUAAAGAUAAAUGCUCUGAUAACAGGACUGCACAGCUUCCACUGAAGAAAGGUGAAUCUUCUGUGGUUCCAGUCAACGGCACAUGGGCAUGUGGAGGGACAAUUAGGUUUGCAUCAGAACCUUGCACACCAUGCUUAAGCAGGUCAAACAGAGACUUUGAAGAACAAGGGAUAAAAUGCCGCUAUCGUGAAUCUUAUAUAGAAGCUCUGCAAAAUCCUUUGAACUUUGGGUUCAGCAUUCAAGCAGCAGAAGCUUCCACAGAGGACAGGAGAGAUCAGGCCAACCACAAAUCCAACCGUGAUACAAAAAGCACAGUCCAGCGCAAGGAUUCCACCCGAUCUACUGCUGCACCAUCGUGCAAAACUGCACUCAAGGCCAAAUUAUCAGCGCAUCCCAUUCCAUGUUCCACUUCAGUUAAGGCACCAUGCCAAUCCAUGGCUAAGUUUGAUGCUCAAAUUGAGUCGAUGUCUUCAGAUCUUUGCACCAAGCAAACAGUUCCCGAUGACUCGAGAUCAUGCCUGCCAGCUGGCGAUACUGUGUCCUCCGAACCUUUGCCUGGCAGGAAAAGUAUGGAAGCUACAAAAAGGUGUUCAGCUGGUUACGUAUCUCCGAGAAACCGAAGAUAUAAAUCUCAGGGAAAAGAACGGCUGCAGAAGAGGUUCCCUACGCAAUCGCUGGAUUUAAACAGUGAACUGCUACAUUCAGGAAUUGCUUGUUUACCAGGAAGCAGGGAUAAGGCAGGAAGAGCUGUGUUACAAAUCUGCACGGAUAAUAGCCUCCUGCAAGGACAAACCUGUACCAGCAAUGACCUCACCAGGCUCCUACUGUACCUCCACAACAUUCCCAGGAAGGAGGUUGGAGAUCUGGGUCUGACGAUAGUUAUGGAUGCUCGAAAACACCCCCCGCAUCCCGUGUUAUUUAAAGCAUUUGGAUUGCUACAGGAACGUGUUUCCCACUCUAUUCAUUGUAUACUGAUAUUGUCAGAUAAAGACUCAACUGUCAAGCUUGAGAAAUGUCCUGGAAUAUCCAUGGAAGUUUUGACAUCCUUGAAAACACUUCAUAAGUUCAUUGAAAGCACUCAACUGACUGAAAAUCUGGAGGGAACAUUCCCUUACAAUCACUCUGGAUGGAUUCAGUUUCGUAUGAAACUCGAGUCAUUCAUUGCAAACUGCAGAGAGACUUCCAAUUUGUUAAUGGACACCAUUAGAAUGUUUGAAUAUAAUAAACCCAGCAACAAUGCGCAGGAAGUUAUUAAUUGCAUCAGUAACCACAAGUUGACCAUGCAGAGGGUUUUGCAAGAUGCCCGGUUGGUUAAUUUACAACUGGAAGGUGGAGCAAUUCUCGCCAGACUCAAGAAAGAGGAAACUCGAUUCAGUUUCUCUGAGGACUACAGGGAUGCCAUUGAUUCAGUAACACCUCUCUAUAAUACGGUGGAAGAAAGUGUCCAUACUCUAGUGAUGAAGUCCAAUCAGUGUCUGCAGCAUUUGGAGUUCUUGCAGAAUCUGAGGACACUCGAGGACAAAUUUAAACAGCAAAACAACUGGCUUCUUUGUGAAGGUGAACCAUAUCUGCAUAAUUCAGUCACAAGUGGAGAUUCACUUAAAGUCAUACAACAAACCCAGCAAAAGUUCAGUGAAUUCUUUAUCUUGGCCACACAGGAAUACAAAAAGAGUUUGGAGCUGUUGCAGGAGGCAAAUCAACUGGACGGUUUCGCGUAUCCUGAGUUUUCAGUUUUCAAAGAUAUGGUGGAAGAGUUUAAAAUCCGACUUGACAAUUUUCACAUUAGUGCUAAGAAACAGCAGGCAGAAUUGAAUGCUCUAGUCAACCUGUACAACUACUGUGAUAAGGCUCUGAAGCUGAUCGAGGAUUGCAAAUGUUGCUUGGCCCAGCUGGGAACGUGUAACUCCACAAAAUUCAGUGAAGAAACACUGCAGCAUCUUGAAAAUUAUCAUCAACGAUUUUCAGAAUUCUCUGUUGAAAAAUUUAAUCAGAUGAAGAGUCAGACCCAUGGCCCGAACAGCGUUCAGGGCAUGAAGAUGUGGAAUGUAACUUUGUUGAAUUACGAAGAAGUCAGGCAACUCCUUGAGGAAAACCUAGAGUUGUGCAGGAAGGUGCUGAAGGCUGAUGGAAGUUCUUCUUCAGAUAGCAAGAGAGAGUCAAAGAGCGCUGAGCAAAAAAGCAGUAAGGACUUGGUCUCAGGUGCCUCUCAUGUGAGUGGGAGUUUUUGGACUGAAGAAAGAAUAAUCUGGCAGAAAAAGGAAGAACAUAAACAUUUGCCUGCGAAGAGCAUUCAUAAUCACAAAGAAAAUGUGACAAACAAGCCAAAAAGGGUACAAGCCAAGUCUUCAGUAUUUGAAUGGUCAGUGUGUCUGAAUACAAAAGACGAGUCGAGUGAUGAGAGGAGCCCUCAGAUCUCUUCCCUCCCUUCCUACUCAGACCCAAUAUUUUCUCCCGCUGCUCGUCACAGAAGCUAUCCCUCAAAAAAGAUUAUGCAGGCAGCACAGGGCUUCCAGUUGUCACGGCAUGCGAGCUUUUGCUCUGAAGACAAACAUUAUAGGAGCACUGCAGCUGGCAGUAAAAGAAGUGGUGCUGCUCCACCGAUUAGGUCUGUUCUCAGUGAACCUGAAGGACCAAGCAUGUCACGAGGAGCAAUACAAGAACUGACAAAGGAGAAUUCAUGCAAUAAACUGCAACACAUUAUGGAAGAGAUAUUGAUCACCGAGAGGGAGUACGUCCGUUCCCUUGGAUACGUCACUUCAGAAUACUUCCCUGAGAUGGAUCGUAUGGACCUUCCUCAGGAUUUGCGGGGACAUCGAGGGACCAUCUUUGGAAAUCUAGAGAAACUGUAUGACUUCCAUAGCCAGUACUUCCUGAAGGAGCUGGAAAGCUGUGCAAGGGACCCCAUCAGAGUUGGACGCUGCUUCCUUAGACACGAGAAACAGUUUGGACUGUAUGCGCUGUACAGCAAGAACAAGCCCCGAUCAGACUUACUGCUCAGCAGCCAUGGAAACACCUUUUUCAGGGCCAAACAGCUAGAAUUAGGUGACAAGAUGGACUUGGCAUCGUAUCUUUUGAAACCGAUUCAGAGAAUCAGCAAGUACAACCUACUCCUGAGGGAUAUGUUCAAAGAGUGCAGCACAGCCCAGGAAAAAGAGUGCAAGGAACUGCAGGGAGCCCAUGAGAUAGUGUGCUUCCAGCUCCGGUAUGGGAAUGAUCUUCUUGCCAUGGAUGAUAUACAGGAGUGUGAUGUGAACCUGAAGGAGCAGGGCCAAUUAUUACGUCGGGACGAGUUUGUUGUAUGGUCUGGGCGAAAGAAAUGUUACAGGCACAUCUUCCUCUUUGAAGAUCUCAUACUCUUCAGCAAGACCAAGAAAACAGAAGGAAGCAAUGACAUCUACAUUUACAAACAAUCCUUCAAGACUUCUGAAAUUGGAAUGACACAUAACUCUGGUGAAAGUGGACAGCGUUUUGAAAUUUGGUUCAGAAGGCAGAAAUCCCAAGAUACUUAUAUCUUGCAUGCACCAACUCCAGAUGUGAAACAGGUGUGGAUAGAUGAUUUAGAGAAAAUAUUAUGGAACCAAGCGUUGAGGAACAGAGAACACCAGAAGCAGGAGAGGGUGUUUAUGGGCAUUGGCAAUAAGCCAUUUAUGGACAUCAAACCUAGCGAAGCAGCUAUCAGUGACAGGUCGGUUCACUGCAUCACAAAAGGGAAAGAGCAGACCAAGAGACCAAAUUCCAUCGGAUCCAAUGGCAGUGCUUCUUCCUCAGGAAGCCAAUCUUCUUCAUCAUCUUCUGGCAUUGGUUCUUCCCUGAAUGUGCACAGUUACUCCUCUUCACCGUCAACUUUAAGAAGCAAUACUGGCACCAACUGCUUAUAUAACACGCGGACAUGCAUUGAGGAAGAUGACCUGGAGAAUGUUUCAAGUGGGAGACCUUUUAUGAUUAAGAGUUUAGAAACAUCCUCCCAGUGUAACUCGACAGAGAGUGUCAGUGGCUUCAGCAGUUCCGAACACAGUAGCCUUUCCCUGACUGGAGGAGAAACAGAGGAAGUGUUGUCAACCUGUCCUAUAUCAUGCAAGCCCAGUUCUGAACAAUGCUCACUCUAUGCACCUCCAUUAUUGCCCAAGGGUGAACUACCAUUUGGAAAUUUGAUCAAAAAGGAGAAAUCACCUGAAGUGCCUGGGAAACGUUCGACACCUGUCUGAUGGUGUGAAACACCACUUUGGUCUGCAAAUCGAUGAAUUCCUGGUGGAAGAUUGGAAUCCCAACUGCCGCUGAGCACUAAGAUUUAAUUCCAGUUAAGAGUUGCAGUGAGUGAACAGAUUUGUGAGAGAUUGCUUACCUUCUGGGAUUUCCUCUGACAGACUGUGGCUUUCAUUUUCAGUGAAACAGAUGCUGGAACAUAGCAGCAUUCUACAAAAAAUAACCUCAUUAUUCUCGGAACUGACCACAUGAGUCAGGUGGUUGGUCGUGACAUAACCCAUGGACGCAGUACAUUUUAAGGUCACUGUAAUGGAGAUAGGACGUACUUCGUUUUGGCCUAUGCUUUCACAUCUCUUCCAGGAUGCAUGGACCAGUAACAUCCAGCUAUAUUUUUGAUCCCUAACCCUGUAAGGUUUGGAAUGGCAAGCUAAAAAAAAGCAAGAAAAAUCCAUUUACUGCAGGAUGGAAUAUCAACUAAGAAAAUUUGAUUUAAGAAAACAGCACAAAGAGGUCUAAAGGGGAAGGGCAAUAUAAAUAUAAUCUUUUCAUCUAAUUAUUAAUUCAUAAAUAUAUUUUAAUAUGUAUCAUAAAGGCCAAUUGAUAUAACAUUGUAUAUUGUAUUGUUGCCCUCUUUUGCACCUUUUAGCUUUUAAUUACAACACGGUUAUGAAAUGUGGAGAAAAGUCAGUUAUAAUACUUUUAUAUUUUUACAAUAUUAAAAAAGCCAUUGCUUUUCUUGAUGCUAAUCAUUUUUUGACCCUACUUUAAUAUGUGUUCAUAUAAUUCUCAGAUAACAUUAGCUUUAUAUUAAAUACUAUCUAAUUUAUCUCCCAUUCGUGUGAAUGCCUAAAUCAAUGAACACAGAAGUAAUGGAUCUAAAGUUAUUCCAUUGCCUCCAAGGACUCACAGACCAGACAAGACAUUGUUCAAUAAUUGUCAAUGAAUAGACACUACACAUUCAACCCAAGAGUAUUAGUCGGUCAACUCACAUUUUAACAUCACUGAAAAUAGACUUAAUUUUGCAAACUGUUUAAAACUAUACAACAUAAUUCAAUUAAUUGCCUGGGAAUCUUUGGAGUUAGCUAAAAUGUUGCAGUUAAACUCUGAAGGAUAUAUGUUCAAAGCAAUCUCUUGGAGUUGAACUGCUGAUCCCCCCCCCCCCCUCUAAUAUCAACAGGAAUUCAAAUUGGACAUAAUUGAUGGGGGUAUAACUUUGCUGAGUGUGGGGCGCACUGUAGCAAUCCUUGCAGUGCAUUAAAUUGCUGACGAAAGAGCCACAUUAGGGUCUUUAUGAGUUGUACAUUUGCAUGAUAGUCCAUGCCCCAACAUAAGGCAAGGAUAUUAGAAGUGAAAAAAGUUUUAAAAUUAUUAGUUCCAGAUCUUCAUUGUGUGGUGCCUGCAUUUUCCAGCUCCUACAUUGAUGGGCUUAGUAAAUCACCUGUCGGAGAUCUGUGGUGCUGAGAGAAUAACCAUUCUGGCAACCAGGUGCUCGAUUACACCUGCAGCUAGAAGCAGUUCCCAAUAUAUAUUAAUGCAAACCCUGUGCCAUAACUCCUCUAUUACUCUUGUUUCGGCAUCUCACGCCUCCACAAAGGUCGCUGUGCCCAGGAGGUGUAGGAAUUAAAAUGCUGUAAAAUAUUGAAGACAUUGACAUAUUUCUUGUAGCAUUUUUUUUCUUUGUUCUCUGACUUUUACCACAAAGGUGGUGCAAAAAGAAUGAUUUUAUACUCGACAACCGUGCGCUGCAGUUAACAUGUAGAAGAAAAUACCCCCUUUAGUUGUUCCACGUGCGCUUCUUGGGUAAAUUAGAAUCAAUAUGUUAAUAACUGCUGAAUUUUCGGGAGUUACUGAGUAAUUUCCAUUCUCUCCAUACUGUAACAUUGUUGCUACGCAACGGAAGAUGUAUUAAAGGUUUGAUUUGAACCAUUUGA